AUGUCCUUAGAGAGUACUUCUCUUUUAUGUCAUCUUCCAUCUGAGCUUUACGACCAUAUUCUCGAUCAAGUCCCGGAACAAUAUCUACAACGUACUGCUUUCGCUCUACGCUUAGCUUUACCUCGCGCACCAAUCGCACAAUAUCAUCUCUUCACAUGCGUCCUCCUCACUCGUGCUGAACAAGUCAUUCAGCUAUCUCGUCGUCUCCGUGAAGUGCCGGAGUACUACUCGCAGUCAACGUACUUCUCGUUAGAGACGUGGACCGUCGAUGCUGACGCUGCUAUCAAUCUAAUACGGACGCUACCACGACUAAAGUCGCUCACACUAUUCAUUGGGCCGAACUGGGCACCCGAGCAUCUUGAGCAGCUGUUAGAGAAGCCGAUAGAAGGGUUGAAGAACGUGUCGUUACGGUUCAGACCUUACGUGCAGAAAGCAACUUACUAUCAGUUCCUGAAGGGCGCAUACUUCGAUUCGACUGUGAUCACGCUCUCUCAAUGGCCUCCGUCAGGUCUGCCCAGCCUAUCUAUCGUGCAAGACCCGUUAGACCCUUCCAUCGCACCAGUCCAGAAAUUCGCCCAGCCACUCGUCUUCUUUCGACUCGAUCCCUUCUCUUGCAUGAGCAUCUCUCCUUACGCACAAGACAUCGAACACUUCCGCCUCCGAAUCCCAUCCCGUCAGAUCGCGCGUUUUCUGUACACUCAACCCGGAGCUUUUCCCAGGCUCACCUUACUGGACCUCUCGACGUGCAACGUCGCCGAGUCGGACGUCGAACAAUUGCUUGGAAGGCUGGUUGGGCUGAAGCACCUGAUUGCGGAUAAUUGUAGUUUGUUGAGGGGCGAGGGCGAUUGGGCUGCGUUUGGGAAGACUUGUGCGUUGGCGGGGGUGAAGCGGGCGAGGGAGAGGGAGAAGAAAUUGAAGGCUCAUUUGGAGUUGGUCCAUGCGCAACAGACUGCUCAGGCUCGUGGUAUCGCCGUUCAGGAUGCGGUGCUUAGGGUGGAUCAGAGCUCGUCCCGGUCACGACGUGGAAGGCGCGGUAUCGCAAACUCGACGAUUACCCUGCGGGAGAGGCAGAGGGAGAUAGCCGUCGCUUUGAAUCCUCUACUUGCUACUCCCGGAGGUCCCGGAGAAACACCGACACAAGUACAACGAGUACGGAUCCUUCCUCCACUUCCAACUAUUCGAACCCUCUCCACCACGAUAGCACACUUCGUCGAAGACUCAGAGGAGGAUAUUCGGGAAGACUUUGAGCGCGGGUGGGGAGAAGGAUUGCUGCAGCUUUCUGCAGUUCGAGGUAGGCUACGAACCUCAUACCACAAUGGACUGAGAGUCGUGAGAUUCUCGGAAGAUGGAGAGGUGUCGGAAGAGGGAUUUGAUGGACUUGAGGACUUGGAGAAUGGGGAGAGUGAGUUUAAGGUCGAGCGGGUGGGGGAGGGAGAUUGUCCGGUGUUGUGUGUGGCGGGUCCGGGGCGAAAGGGGAAACAUGUGGAGGGGUGUGGACAUAGAGCGGCGUGGUCGGUCUGGGAGGAUGAAUUAUGA